UAUUAUUUAUACAUCACCACAGAAUUUGGUAAUUUAAUUGUAGCAGAACUUUUUAGUUGGAGCGGAUCUAGAUCAUUAGCAAAUUAUGUUGAGAUGUUUGAGAACAGCCGUAAUUAUAGAUAUUGCGAAUCAG